AUGUCCCCUGCGCCUGUCAAUCCAUCAAGUUCCCGAGGUGCUGACCUUCAGCCCCCCGAGAUCUUCGACAAUGAUCCCAAACCAUCUACCGAUCCAGCACCUACGGCUAUAAUCCCGGAUCAGCCUGUCAAACGAGGUCGGAGGAGCAAUCCCAAGGUCAAGACCGGGUGCGCCAACUGCAAGUAA